AGUAUUUUGCACUGUUCUUUUUAAUCAAGAGUCUGUCAUCAAAAUGAACGUUGUUAUUACCGGUGCAGCAGGAUUUUUAGGAUCGCGAUUAGCAAAUGCUUUGCUAGCACAUAAUUCAAAGAUAUCUGUUGCGCGACUUGUUUUAAUAGAUUUAAUACAGCCCUCCCCAUAUAACGAUCCACGAGUUACAACACUAUCAGUUAAUCUAGCUGACCCUUCUGCAGUUGAUCUAAUCAUUCAACCCGAUUGUCAUAUAUUAUUCCAUUUAGCUGCAGUAUUAAGUGGUCAAGCUGAAGUUGAUCUCGACCUAGGUCUUCGUGUUAACUUCGAUGCAACUCGAGCUUUAGUCGAAACGGCAAGACGUCGGGCCCCUAAUCUUCGAUUUGUGUAUACAAGUACUAUUGGAGUAUUUGGAGGAAACCUUCCAUCUGUUAUUAAUGAUCUAACGGCAGUCACUCCCGAAAAUUCUUAUGGCUCCCAGAAGGCUAUGUGUGAACUACUUCUAAACGAUUACGCUCGCCGUGGUUUCGUUGAUUCACGAAUAGUAAGACUGCCUACAGUGAGCAUUAGGGCUGGUACCGCGAACCGAGCAGUGACAUCAUUUGCUAGUGGGAUAAUACGCGAACCGCUAAAUGGGAAAUUUAGUAUUUGCCCGGUUGGAACAGCGCAAAAAUUAUACCUAACAAGCCCACAUACAGUAGUGCAGAAUAUAAUACACGCGGCCACGAUUCCGGCAAACGCUCUGGGUUCAUGGCGGGUAGUUAAUUUACCUGGCAUUUGCGUGUCGGUUGGAGACAUGAUUGAAGCGUUGCGGGAAGUAGCAGGUGAUCAAGCAGCAUCGUUAGUGCAGUUUGAGCAAGAUGAAAUGAUUGAACGUAUGGUUGCAAGCUUUCCGAGCCAAUGUGAUUACUCCCGUGCUACGAGUCUUGGUUUUGCAGUUGAUAAACAUUUUAUUGAUAUUAUUCGUUAUUACAUUCGGGAUGACUUAAAUGCUUCAAAUUAAUGUUUUGUUAUUUAUUUUGUAUUAGAUUUUG